AUGGAUUGCCUGGAACGGCUUGCACCAACCGAUGGACUUGCUUUGCGAUUUCACAGGGUGUUGCAAUACCAGCUUUACUUGCGAUACGAGCAAGAUGUAAAAUCCGCCAAAAUGGCAAAAUCGAAGGGAACGAAAAACUCGUCCAUCGCCAUAGAGCUUUUUCUCUCUAAGAUGUAUGCAGAUGACUGGAGAAGUGUUGAACAGGAGGUGAAAGACGUGCGAAGAGAAAAAUUUCACUAUCGAAAGACGUUGGGGAAACGGCUGCAGGUGCUCUGCGACAACUUGGGCUAUGGAGUCCUUCUGCUGGGCAGCCGACGAGCCUUGAGAAGCAUACUGAAAGAAAUGAAAGAGUCGAUGAUGGAGCCAUUUCUUUGCUACACAAUUAACACUUAUCCGGAACUACCGGAGCUGUUACUGAAGCUCGAUGGCGUGGCACGGGCCGUGCUGGAAGGCUGUCAAUUGGGUUCCUUACACGCCUCCGUGGAGGAGGUGAUACCUGGCAUUGAAGAAUUCUUGCUCACAAGAGAAGGGCGGUUUUUCCCAAAGUCAUUUCACAGAAUAGAGCGACGUAGCUUAUGUGAAAGGCCAAUAUCGUUUACUCAGGCACCUGUCUCCAUCUAG